GCUUGGUUCUCGUGUCCGCCUGGUGCGCGGCGGAGUCUCUACCUGCUGUGCUUAGCCUCCCGCCUCGCUCAGGCGUUCCUGCCGCAGCAGGCGCCGCGCCCGCCCCUCCUCCGGGGGCGGCGGGAGCGCGAGGGCAGCGGCUCCCUUCCUUCUGCGCUUCUAAGAAGUCCACCCUGCCGCCCACCCUGCGAGUAACUUCCCUUCACCACCUUCCCCCGGACCGGGAAGCCCUGAACCCCUGCACGUUAUUUUCAGAGCCCACUCUCCGAGCCUCUGGCCUUUCUUUUCCAUCUACCUCAAACAAACUCGCCGUAUCCGCCCGUUCUCAUUUUUUUUUUUUUUCCGCUUACUUGCGGCUCCUGGAGGCGGGCAUCCUUCUGCUCAGGGAGAGGGAAGCCUGCGGCCUGCAAACGACGGGCGCCUCGGGAGGCGAAGGCUAGAACACGGGUCGCCCACCCUAAUUCCUCAGCUGCCCAUUUGGAACUCGGGCAGGAGCUGUGGCUAGAUGCCUAUGUGACUGAUCUUCGGUGUGCCAUACAGCAGUGACAUGUUCCCAGCGCUGGAAACAGACCUAAAGCAGGAGACUCGUUCUGAUCCUUAUGAAGACUUUAUGUACCGUCACCUCCAGUACUAUGGCUACUAUAAAGGGCCUCCCCGUCUCUCUUCCUCCGCUGUGCACAGACAGGCAGAAGCUGUGAGCAGAGAUUCUUUUGUGCUGAGUUCACCGCUUCUCAAGAAGAAACAGCUGCUUCACGAUGAGUUUGGUGAAGCAAACCCACGUCUUCGAGAACCCCGAGACCUCUUUGCCUUUUUCUCUGGCAGCGAGCCGAUGCAGGCUCCAAGAUGGCCAAUAGAGUGUGAGGUCAUCAAGGAAAACAUCCAUCACAUUGACAGAGUUCCACCUCAACCAGAAUAUUUUUAUCAACCUACAGGAAACGAAAAGGUGCCAGAAAUUGUAGGAGAGGAAAAAGGCACAGUUGUCUACCAAUUAGAUUCAGUGCCCGCCAAAGGUUCCUACUUCACCAGUGCCAGAGUGGGAGGCAAACGAGGAAUCAUCAAGGAACUCGCCGUCACGUUGCAGGGGCCGGAAGAUAACACUCUCCUGUUCGAAUCCAGGUUUGAGAGUGGGAAUCUGCAAAAAGCCGUCAGAGUAGACACCUACGAGUAUGAGCUGACCUUGCGAACCGACCUCUACACGAACAAACACACUCAGUGGUUUUAUUUUCGAGUUCAGAACACCAGGAAAGAUGCCACCUAUCGCUUCACCAUUGUCAACCUGCUGAAACCCAAGAGCCUUUACGCAGUAGGGAUGAAGCCUCUCAUGUACUCGCAGUUGGAUGCCAAGACGCGCAACAUUGGCUGGAGAAGAGAAGGGAGUGAAAUCAGGUACUACAAGAACAACACGGAGGACGGGCAGCAGCCCUUCUACUGUCUGACGUGGACCAUUCAGUUCCCGCAUGACCAGGACACUUGCUUCUUUGCGCACUUCUACCCGUACACGUACACUGAUUUGCAAUACUACCUCCUGUCGGUGGCGAACAACCCCCUCCAGUCUCAGUUCUGCAAACUUCGGACUUUAUGCAGGAGCCUAGCAGGAAAUACUGUCUACCUGCUCACCAUCACCAACCCAUCCCGGACCCCUCAGGAGGCUGCUGCAAAGAAAGCUGUGGUCUUGAGCGCCCGGGCCCACCCCGGGGAAAGCAAUGGCUCCUGGGUCAUGAAAGGGUUUCUGGACUUCAUUCUUAGCAACUCCCCCGACGCUGAGCUCCUCAGAGAUAUCUUUGUCUUCAAAGUGGUCCCCAUGUUAAACCCAGAUGGGGUAAUCGUGGGGAAUUACCGGUGUUCCUUGGCUGGAAGGGACCUGAACAGGCAUUAUAAAACCAUUCUGAAGGAGUCUUUCCCGUGCAUCUGGUACACCAAGAACAUGAUCAAGAGACUUCUUGAAGAAAGGGAGGUUCUCUUGUACUGCGAUUUCCACGGCCACAGCCGUAAGAAUAAUAUCUUCCUGUAUGGCUGUAACAACAGCGAUCGCAAGUACUGGCUUCAUGAGCGAGUCUUCCCUUUAAUGUUAAGCAAAAACGCACCAGAAAAGUUCUCUUUUCAUAGUUGUAAUUUUAAGGUCCAGAAGAGCAAAGAAGGAACGGGACGCGUGGUGAUGUGGCGGAUGGGGGUCCUGAACAGCUAUACCAUGGAGUCCACCUUUGGCGGGUCCACGCUGGGCAAUAAAAGAGACACUCAUUUUACCACUGAGGAUCUGAAGUCCCUAGGUUAUCACGUCUGUGACACCCUUCUGGAUUUCUGUGAUCCUGACCGAGCCAAGUUCAUGCAGUGUCUAGCAGAGCUGAAGGAGCUCUUACAACAGGAAAUCCAUAAGAAAUUCAAUGAACUUGGACAAGAUAUGGAUUUAGGAGAAAGUUGGAAUGACAUCUCUUUGUCUGACAUUGAAUCCAGCACCAGUGGUUCUGACAGUUCCCUCUCAGACGGCCUCCCUGUUCACCUCCUGAACAUAGCAGAUGAGUUGAAUCAGAAGAAGAAGAUGGAUAAGAAGAAAAAAAAGAAGCCACCUCAGACAAGGAAACAGCGAAAUGAACAGUAUCAGAAGAACAAUUUGGUACGGGAGUUGAAGUCCACAGAAGAUGCCCUGGAGAGGGCAGGAUUUGCUUCUACAGUGCAAAAGCGGUCUACCUUUUCCAAAAAUGCAGAUCAUACCAGCUCCUCAACAAUCCAAAAUGAAAAACCAAGGCUGAGUGAGUCCCGGUUACGUGGAAGAGACAAAGGCCUCUCCCUGGACGCAUCAGAGGCAACCGCCUUGGUUCUGACUAAGAGUAAAGACAGAGUGCAGAGAGAAAAGCCAGGACACACCACGGCCUGCUCUCCAAAGACGAGCAUGACCCCCAGCCGAGAGCCCGCUCCAGACGCAACGCAGAGGUGGCUCCGGAACAGGCUUCUGGCCCCAAGGAGACGCCGAGCCACCAUGGUGGUGUACCCGUCCUUGCACGUCUACACGUACCCGUAGGCGCCUGGGCCGCGCCCCCAUGCUCCCUCGGCGUGUUUCGGGUCGGACACUUUUUGUGAAGAGGGGAGUGGAGUGGUGUGGCUGGUGGGCACUCUCAUCAUAACGCGCUGGGUCGUGUGUUCGUGUGCACCGACCUCCCACUGUGUGCGCACACUGUGUGCACGCCUGCGAGAUGCGGACCUCAUGCAUUACAUUAUUUUUCACAAAAUGGAGUUUCGUGAUAAUGAAUAAAAAAGCUUUAUCAGAAGUUGAAUGUGUGCUUAUGGAACUACAUAGCACAGAUAUACCUCAUUUUAGCCAAUAGAUAUUCUCUCUAAGAUUAUGUGAAAAUCAAUUUUAGAAGAUCAAACUCUGUUCCAAACACAUUCUGGGAGCGUGCCGUGUUCAGAACGUCUGUGUCGGAGCUGCCCGGCGAAGAGGCAGGGCCAGUCAGACGGCGGGGUCCCGGGCUCGCUCAGGGUGAGGUGUUCCCAGGUGCAGAAAACAGCCCGUGUAUUACCCGGAAUUUGAUGUUGCAUAUAUUGUGUUCCACGCGGUUAUGUAAGUUUUUAAACCCAGUGAUUAAAAUUCUUUCUCUGUAACCAGUUGUUCCCAUUGAUUGGUUCACUGCAUAAUCUUAGGUGAACAGACACUGCACACCCCUCACAAGCAGCGCCCGCCUUCUGCGGCCCGUCCUGUCGACGUGCUGGGGUCACGUUAAAUGAGGGUCACUCCGGGUCAUGCCCGGCCUCCUGUUUGACUUCACCUUCUUCCCGAAGUUCUUCAUUAUCACGUUUAAACUCUUGCAGCCACCACCUCGACCCGG